GGGGAUGCGGUGACGUAAAGCCCCGGCGUCAGCGUGGCGGCAGACUUUGAACCACCUCCAAUAGCUUUUUGUCAGUCAUGCACGCGGAUGCGCAACGAAAACGUAGAAUCCGAUUGAAAGCAGCACCAUAAUCCGACCUAAAAUAAUAAUUGUAAGUUUAUUUAUGUUCGUUUUGGCUUCAGCAGUUUCUGGAAUUUUAAAGGUGGGCGUCAUAUGAUAAUCACCCGCAUAGGUGAGGGCCUCCAUGCGCCCCUCCCUGGUCUGCAGGCACCAUUAGCAUGCAAACUGUGAUUGACUGCCCUGUCCCCCAGACAAAAAAACUCUGUUUUCACAAGAGGAAUGUCUUGCUACUAAUUAAAGACAAUUAGGCGCCCCGAACAAUGGGGCCAAUUUCGGGGUCAUAAAUCGACUCCUCCUCUGUUGGUUUUGGAGGCGCUGCAAUCGCCGCUUGUUUACAUAGCAAGAGUUUGCGAAACGGAACAUAUGCAGCAAAAUAUUUAAAUUUGACUUUAAUAAAAUAAUAAUAAUAAUUAUGACAAAACAUUUUGGGGCGUUUGUUCAAAUCAAAUUAUAUAAAUGUCAUGAAAUAGUUGUAAAAAUCUAAUUAAACCGAGUUUAGGUUCGAGUUGAGCAUUUUAUUUGUGCCUUAAUGAAUCCUAAAAAUAUAUAGAUGUUUUUGAGUAUAUUAUUUAUUUAAUUUAGGCUUCUGAUUGACAAAUCUUUUAGUUUUUUCGGUGCCUGCAAAUGGAAAUUCUAUGAGUGAGAGCAGGGAUGCAGCGAGCCAAUUGUGGCAGGGAGCUCUGUGAUUGGUUGAAGUCGAUGCUCCGCCCCGCGAGGCUUGAUAUGGGAAUUUACUGGCGCCAGCCGCAUCAGUCUGCGCCACAUCUCAUUAAUGAGCCGCACUGAACGGAUCAAGAGGUUUACGCAUCCAGGCUGCGUUUUGGCCGUCAGCUGAUCCCAGCUGCAACAGGUAUAACCGAGGAGACAAAAAAAAACGCACCGUCUUGUUAAAGGAUUCUACUUGCAAAGUAAAUACCCAGAGUCGGGGCUUUACAGCCCGCUGGACUUUACUGUACCAAGGACUGAACUUCCAUCAGGAGGCAAAGCAGGCAAAGAGAGACGCGUUCAGCAGUGUAUUCAUGGAGGUCGCAGCGGCAGACCAGUCUCGGUGGAUGGCGCACCAUCAUGCCGUUCUGAAUGGCCAGCACCCGGACUCUCACCACCACAGUCUGAGCCACAACUACAUGGAGCCCAUGGCGCCUUUGCUGCCCCAGGAUGAGGUUGACAUGUUUCUGAACCACUUGGACUCUCAAGGGAACCCGUACUACACCAACUCCCGGGCAAGGGUCACAUACAGCCAAGCGCACGCUCGCCUCACUGGGAAUCAGGUUUGCCGGCCGCACCUCAUUCACAGUCCCGGUAUCCCUUGGCUAGACCCCGGGAAAGCUGCGCUCUCUGCGGCGCACCACCAUAACGCAUGGGCGGUCAGCCACUUCAGCAAGCCCGGCCUUCACCCCGCCGGCUCCGGCUACCCGUGCAGCAACAGCACCGGCACCGCGUCCGUGUCCUCGCUCACUCCUGCCUCGCACUCAAGCCCGCACCUCUACAGUUUCCCCCCUACCCCACCGAAAGACGUGUCCCCAGACCCCGGCCCCACCUCCCCGACGUCCACCUCCACCAGGAUGGACGAGAAGGAGUCGGGCAAGUAUCAGCUGACGGACGGCAUGAAAAUGGAGAGCUGUAGUCCGCUUCGCAGCGGCCUGGCCUCCAUGAACAGCCAGGCUCCAGCCACGCACCACCCCAUCCCGACGUACCCGGCCUACACCCUGCCUACACCCCACGAGUACAGCGGCAGUCUCUUCCACCCGGGCAGCCUGCUCGGCGGCUCUUCCUCCAGCUUCACGCCCAAAUGCAAAAGCAAAGCCAGAUCGAGCUCAGAACUAUACACAGAGGGUCGUGAAUGUGUCAACUGCGGUGCCACUUCCACCCCUUUGUGGCGGCGGGAUGGCACUGGCCACUACCUGUGCAACGCCUGCGGACUGUACCACAAGAUGAACGGCCAGAACCGACCACUUAUCAAACCCAAACGAAGACUGUCCGCUGCCCGGCGCGCAGGCACCUGCUGUGCAAACUGCCAGACCACCACCACCACUCUGUGGAGGCGCAACGGGAACGGAGACCCGGUGUGUAACGCCUGCGGCCUUUACUUUAAAUUGCACAAUGUCAACAGACCCUUGACCAUGAAGAAAGAAGGCAUCCAGACACGCAACCGCAAAAUGUCCAGCAAGUCCAAGAGGAACAAGCGGGCGGGGGACAGCUUUGACGAGCUCUCCAAGUGCAUGCAGGACAAGGCCUCUCCCUUUGGAGCUGCACCCAGCCUCACCAGCCACAUGACCCAUAUGGGUCACCUCGGCCCCUUCAGCCACUCGGGACACAUGCUGCCCACUCCUACGCCCAUUCACCCUUCAUUUGGUCACCCCCACCACUCCAACCGCUCGCCUGUCUGGGCUGAGCCUCACUGAGGCAGCACCCAGACGCUUGGAGGAGCCACCACAUUUGCCAUAAACACUAAACGACCUCCGCAUCGAAGCUGGGCAGACUUGUGUCAAGCACGGCGGAGGGAGGAGGCCUUUGCUCGGACUGAGGAGCUGAGGGUUGCGUCACGCCUGGCCUCACUGAUGGGACGCUGCAGAGUGCAGGGACUCUGUGAGGAGCUGACUGGGGUUUGCAGGAAAAAAAAGUGAAUUGAGAUGCUUGUCAUUCUUUUUGCUUAUUUUUACUAAGUCACUUUGGUACCCACCUCUCCCUGACCCCGUAAGAGGAGACUCAAGAGAGGUCCUAAAAAACCCGCUGUUUUCACCUCAUAAGCAUAUCCUUAUAUUCUGAGAUUUGUGCACCCUGUUGAAGACCAGACUGCCGUCCACAGCUGCUACGGACAGACAGACGGACUGCUCAGUGCUGCGAGUCUUAAGACCGGCUGAACAGAGACAAAUAGAGAACCUCUGUUCUAUUCCAGUCAGACUCGCAGCACCAGGAAAACCUGUGCUCUCCUCACAUGCUGGAUUGUAAAGCCGCCACAAAGCUCACCUGUUUUUGAUAACAGAGUUUUAUGAAAAAAGGAGAAAACGCAGUAAAUAGAGUGUUUAUAAAUGCUUAAUUGCUAUUAUUGUUGUUAUAUUUGAUGUUAUAAUUAUUGCUACGAUAAUUUAUUUUCACCCUUUAAGCUUUCAUCGGACACACUCGGAAACAUAUGAUUUAAAUUUCAUGGUUAUUACGUAAAAGAAAACACUGACCUGUCCUAGAUGAAAAGUUCUUGAGCUGUACGUUUUUUUUUAAUCAUUUUUCCAUCUCACAAAAAAAGGAAAUAAAGUUUAAUACUGAAGUAAA